UUGAUACGAAUGUAACGAGUAGGGUAGGAAUAUAACAAGAGGGGGAUAGGAAUAUAACAAGAACAAUGUAUGAAUAUAGCAAGAGUGAGACAGUUACACAACCUGAAUGCGGGGGUAGAAAUAUGACAAUAGCGGGAUAAAAAUCUAACGAGAAAGGGGUAAGGAUAUAUCAAGAAAGAGAGAGAGAGGGGUAGGAAUGUAACAGGUAGGUGCGGGGUUCCACUGACCGAGUGACGUGUAUGAGGACCAGUAUAGAGAAGACCAGCGGCUCGGGUGGGUGGAGAUAUCACUACGUCUCCAGCUAUCUUGACGUUUGAAGUUAGUUAACGUUAUUGUGUCCCGACUUGUAUAUUAGUUAAGGAAAAUUUACCCUCCUUUAGGAUUACCGGAGAGAAGAAAAUACGUAAAAGAAUUGGUGGAAUAAAGAGGAGCUCGAUAGAAGUAUAAAGAAGGCCAACACGUGCCUGUCCCCAGCAAGCACGUGCCCGGCCCCAGCAAGAACGUGACCGACCCCAGCAAGCACGUGACCGACCCUAGCAAGCAAUGGCAGAUAUGUGGAUAGCGGUUGUGGUUGUGGUUGUGGUGGUAGUAGGGGUGUGCGAGUGCCGGGUGGAAGAUGGUAGACGGUACACGUGGGGAGACGCCCUUACUGACCCUGAUGCCCUCGGCCCCGAUGGUAAUCCAUACCCUAGCGCUCUGGUAAAUCGGCUGUACACUGAAGGCGAUUUUGGGCCUCCUCGGAGCGCGAGGAAGGGUCGAACCCUGCACCCAACCCUGGACCCCAGCACCACCAGGAACAGACUCCUUGCCAAAUACCAGGAUGCCAACCUCGGCCAGCUCGCACCAGAGGGUAGGAGUAUGACAUCAUCACCUGCGGCAGAGAACCAGGUAAGGACGGCUGCCUCCGUCAAGUCCCCCAUGUCCUCCACCAGCCCCUCCGUCUCGUCGUCACCGUCACCGUCGUCGUGUCCUCCCGGCCCUCCGGCUAGGCUAUGCCGGACCAAAUUCAACACGACGGCGCCGAUGUAUGGCAUCAGUCUCACGUCAGGCCGGCCUGUCACCAUCGUCCAGAAGUUCCCUGAUCUCUUGCAGCAAGUUAUCUUCGAAGUGUGCGAGAGCAAGUCAUGCGACAUUGUGCAGGGCGCGUGUGUGCAGACGUACGUACCCUACCUGUUUCUGGUGAUACCGCUGGGUCCUGUCACCCUCACCGGCCAGGAUUACGUCUUAGUGGAAUCCGGCUGUGCCUGCCAGCCCAAGUAUAGUCAGGCCGCCUCCAUCCCGUCUCCGCUGGACGCUAUCCCAGGCCUCGAGUGACCGGGAUUAUCAUAGGAUAUCGUGCGGAAAAUUAAAGGAAUUAGCUGUUACCAAUGGGACAACUCGACAUUCAUCCUUAAUUGUCGGAGUGAAAAUAUCGUGUUAUGUGGCCGGGGUUGUUUCCAUGAUAAACCAUGUGUUUGCUUAACAUAUACAUCAACAUGACAAUCUUUCUCCGCGACGGCUGUCAGUUUUUGCCAAUGACAGAACAACAAUAUGACACUUUCUUCCCGAUGGCUGUCACUUUCUGUCCGUGACAGCUGUCACAUUCCCUCUCCGCCAUGACUGUCACACUAAACGUAAUUUUGAAUAAUUAUAUAGACUUUUACCGAUAAGAUAAAGAAUAGAUUUAGUUCACAAUUGAACACAGACCGUCGUUUGAUUUAAUGUAAUGUUUUUAAAUACCAUCAUAUUCAACUGAACGGUUAUUGAUAAUAGUCCGUUCAUAAAUUUGCAACAUUUAUGUAUCUUAGUAAUAUUCAUCAGUACAUGUUUGUGCUUACAAUCACUCGUGCUUGCUUAAACAAGCACACAUGUUUGCACAACCACUCACGCGCAUACACACAUGCGCGUGCGCAGUAAGAUACUCAGUUAAUACUGAGAAUGUUCAAUGUUAUUCAAUUUAUUAGAUUUAAUACAUUUUUGGUCUACUUUAGUCCUGCUAAAAUGUGGUCGUUUGCUUAUAUUUACUAAGACAUCAAUGUCUCUGGGCCGUGUAAUAACGAUGUUAUAAUAAUUAUUAUGCUAAUCUAGGCAUAAGUUGUCACCAAAGAUCACUACACGCGUCCAUUUUUCUAUCCAAUUGACUGGUCAGUGCUGAUUUGUUGUUGUUAUAGAUUCAGCUACUCAGAACAAGUUCCAAGUAGCACGGGCUAUGGUGAGCCCGUAGUGGACUUUCCUGUGCUGAUUUACUAUGCUAAACGUUUGUGUUGUUGACUGCUUGGAUCUGCAGCACUUGACCUAAUACAACUUUUCCUGCUAUCUUCGUAACGUUUGUUAUUUAAAAUUUCGUAAUUUAUAAUAUGUUUUGUCCAGUUUUUAUUAUCACAACAUUUUAACUUAAUUAAUAAAUGCCAUAAGGAGAUGACUUGAACAAGUUCUCAUUCACUCAGGGCAAACCCUGUUGCCAGCCGUACAACUUGUCUCCAUCCAAUUUAGGUAAACCCCGCUGCAAGUCCCCAUACAUGAUAAGUAAACCCCGAUGUCAUCAUUACAACCAGUCCCCAUAUAUUAUAGGUAAAACUCGCUGCCAGCCAUACAAGUCUCCAUACAUUCAAGACACACCGCUGCCAGCCGUACAACCGGUCCCUAUACAUUCAAGGCAUACAUCACUGCCAGCCGUACAAUUGUUGGCUCAAAGAAGCAAUAAUUUAUGUAAAAAAUUGAAUAAGGAAAUAAACAUUAAUUUCGUGUGUAUGUACCCUUACAGUACAAUAAUGGGUUCAAGCACAAUACUGUAAAGUAUAUAUUUCUUAUAAUUUGAUAUACUGUACUGUAAUUGUUAAAUUAAAUACUAUGGAGGUCACCAAGGUUUUUAAAAGUUAUAUAAGAAUUGUAUAUUUUCCUAGGACUGGAUACAGCUCUCAAGGUUGUAGUUGAAUGAGUGAAGACAAGUAGAAAAAUCUAAUUGCAACUUCGCCAGUUUAACAAUAUUUUUGUCUUGGUGAUAAUUAUAAAGCAAGUGUGUCUUUAUCAGUGCAGCGCCAUGUUUUCAUGAGUAGUGACGUGCUUUGUCAGAGCAGUGCCUUGCUUUGUCACUUCAGUGCCGUGCUUUGUCAGAGCAGUGACGUGCUUUAUCAGGGCAGUGCCGUGCUUUGUCAAAGCAGUGACGUGCUUUAUCAGGGCAGUGCCGUGCUCAAUCAGAGCAGUACCAUGCUCUGUAAGAGCAGUGCCUUGCUUUGUCAGAGCAGUGCCUUGCUUUGUCAGAGCAGUUACAUGCUUUGUCAGAGCAGUUACAUGCUUUGUCAGAGCAGUGCCUUGCUUUGUCAGAGCAGUUACAUGCUUUGUCAGAGCAAUGACGUACUAUAUAAUAACAAUGUCUCGUUUAAUUAAAGCAACGCCGUGCUUUAUAAGACCCGUAUUAUUAGCAUUAAAUAAACUCUGUUGGUCUGUGAUAUUUUACGAAGAUGCAGCACCCAAUUCUUGAGUUGUUUAUUUAUAUUGUUACUAGCUAAUUAUCAUAUGACUGAUACUUAAAGACAAUAAGUUUGUUGAGAUAGUAAAAUAAAGUAAAAAUACAUCAUAACAGGAUAGAAUAGCUUAAGGCUAUUUCUGUGACUGAUGGCGGGCCGUAGGUGGCUUGUGUUUUUUGUAUAAUUUGUUUUUAUACAUCGUAGUUGUUUUGUAGCAUUUUAUUGUUAAUUUGUUAUGUUUCAAGGAAGGUGCAGUGCAUGGCUGAACCACAUGAUAAAUUUACAUGAUCCAUGACUAUUGUAUUAUAACUAAAUUGUCAUCCAUGAAGUAGCCUCAUUAUUAUUUCCAAAGUUUGUUUUUCAAAUUAUUUCUUGGUUCAAUUUAGUUCAAAGCUAACCUAUUUAUAUGAAGUAUUAUAUGUGCACUUGCCUUAUCAAUAUUUAAGAUGCUGUUGCCAAAGUCUUUUCUCCCAGUUUACCAUUUUUUCACAAAUUCAUAUAAACUAUAUUUUUUCAGUGUACUUUUUCCUUCGGGUUUUAUAUAUCAUUGUUGUUUAUGCAAAGUGUGUAAAAAAUCUAAUUAUACUUAUAUA